AUGGAAACUUCGCAGCCCACAGAAUUUGUUCAGCAGAAAGUGAAAUGCUCCAAAUCAGUCAGCCAGCAAAUGAUCGAGCAAAGAAGAUCUUUGUCACUUCGUGGACUUAUUUCACUUAAGGGCGAAGAUGUUAAUGAUUUUUCUAUUGAAACUAUCGGUGAACAAAAGGCACUUCUUUGUCUUAAACUUGGAAAAGAUACAAAGGUGAGUACUUUCGCUCAUCUUCCACUUCAACAGAAUCUUAAAGAUAUUCGUGCAAAUCAUACGAUGUUAACGUCAUACAAAGGACUUUCACGACUGAAAAAUCUCGCCAACUUUGAAAUAGAAGAAACACCUAUGUCGCAAAGACCUAAUUAUCGCAUCGCUUUGAUUCUUGCUUUCGGUCCAAGAAUUCGUACAAUAAACAAAGUAGAGAUUACAAGUCAGGAGAGACUGAAGGCAUCGAAAUAUCCAUCAAUUUGUAAAACAUUCAUAGAUAAUGAUUGGGAUCCAACAGAUAAUCCACCAAACGAAAAUGAAGCCAAAGAACUAAUGCAAAAAUAUGCACCAGAAAUCGCUAAGGCUGUUAAGAAACAUGUUAUCAAGAAAGAAGAAAUUGAAGCUGAAUUAUCACCGCGUAAGACAAUCAGUUCAGUUAAAGCCAGACCAAAACCAGUCAAAUAUAAUAAGAAUGCAUUUGAUGAACAGUUAGUUCAAGAACUUAUUGAAAAAUUCAAAAAAUUGGGAAUUGAAGUUAAAAACGAUGAAAAAGUACAAGAAAACUUGCUCAAAGUUCUUAAAGAACUUUCUGCAAUUGCAUUAGAAGUUUCAAAUGAAGUUGAUGUUGGAAUGGAAGAUGCAACUGGCGCAGAACUCCUCAGCUCCAUAUUAAAUAGUCCUCAAGAAGCUAAAACAGAAAGUAAGGUUGACUUUGGUGAUGACCUGAACAUUGAUGAUGUUGUUUCUGAAAUCAAAGAUAAUUAA